AUGAGGAAAAGUCCAGAGACUUCCAGGGAAGGUUCUGAUGUCAUCAAGUUCAUCAACACCAAAAGCUUCGUGUCUCCCCAGAAGGUGGAAGAUGCCAACCGCGUGAGGAGGGGGUCUGGCCUUCUUGCCCCCAGGUUGGAAGAGGAAGAGCCGCUACUGUGGAGGGGAGGACUGGACACGUCCGAGGCACCGCCCUGCCCCAGCAGGGAGAUCCCUGCCCCAGACUGCAGGCCGGGGGCCCUGUACUGGGCCUGCGUUCGCAAUGACUCUGCCCAGCUUCAAGCCGUGCUGGAUGAUGGGGUCUCCCCAGAGGAGGCCACCCAGGUGGAUGGCAACGGGAGGACAGGCCUCAUGGUUGCAUGCUACCGUGGCUUUGGGAGUGUUGUGGCCCUGCUCAGCCGCUGUCCUUUCCUGGAUGUGAACCAACAGGACAAAGAAGGAGACACAGCCCUCAUGCUGGCUGCCCAAGCAGGCCAUGCGUCUCUGGUGAGUCUCCUGCUCAACUACUACGCAGGCCUGGACUUGGAGCGCCGAGACCAGCGGGGGCUAACGGCAUUGAUGAAGGCCGCCAUUCGGGGCCGCUCUGAAUGUGCUGACCUGACAGCAGUAGAUCCUGUUAGGGGCAAGACGGCCCUGGAGUGGGCAGUGCUGACCGACAGCUUCGACACCGUGUGAAGGAUCCGGCAGCUGUUGCAGCGGCCCCAGGUGGAGCAGCUCAGCCAGCGUCACCGGCCGGAGUGGCCAGCCUUGCCCGGGCUUGUGGCCCGGGCCCAGGCCCAGGACCAGGUUGCCCCAUCUCUCCUAGAGAGAUUACAGGCCGCCCUGAGCCUCCCCUUUGCCCAGUCUCCUCAGGAGGGGGGUGUCCUGGACCACCUUGUGACCGUCACUACCAGCCUAGCCAGUCCCUUCCUCACCACUGCCUGCCACACCCUGUGCCCUGACCACCCACCUGCGCUGGGAACCCGAAGCAAGUCUGUGCCAGAGCUGCUGGGCACUGCUCCUCCCCCGCCCCUGUCCCCCCAAGCCCCCCAGGCAGUCCCCGGCCCCCAGGUUCUCAUCCCUUACCACAGUCCUCAGGGUGUGCUGGGCAUGUGCCCUCCGUGGCUACAGCUCAGGGACAGUACCAGGCCCAGGCCCCACGUCCCCAAGAUCCUCCUCUCCAAGGCGCCCUCACGUCCCAGCCAACACAAGCCAGAGCCCAGGCCUGCAGGGCCUUGCGGGCUGGCCCUUCCUGUCUGGCCACACCAGGACCUCAUGAUGCAGAGGAGGAGGAGCCGUGAGGAGGAGGCCAGGCGUGCACAGAGCCAGGGGAAGGAUGGCUAG